CUGAAACUUUUUGUUUCAACGAAACGCAUGUCGCAGUGAAACACUUUGCUUCAAGAAUUGUAUUAUCUCACUCGGCCGGGAAAUUUUUAUGAAAAUAUUUGGACUUCUUUAACGCAACCAUGUCGUAAAAUCAUUACCAAAGCGAAUAUUUUAUAGAAAGAGGAAUAUAUUAGUCAUUGUAAGGGUCCACGUUUAAGGCGUCACUUGAUACGACAAUUAUUCAAAAUUUUCUUCCGUACCUAGUUGAUAUGCGCAUAAUUUAGAAAACUGAAUCGCAAAGAGAAACAGUAUUAUCCCUCGCCUGUUUAUUUAUUCUCGUUCUACUAACUUUUCAAUCUCUCGCAACAGAUUUGAUAGGAAAGUUUUUACUCUUCGUGAAAAGCAAUCAGCUAUGAACAAGCCUAUAGAAAAGACUCAGAAAGUUUUAAUGAAAACUUCCAACAAGAGUCGAGGAGGUAAAGACGUCGAGUUUCGUUCGAAAAAACAAAAGAAUGAGUUGCAUAUAUUGAAGAUGUCACAAGAAUGGGAUCUAAGAAGACAGCAACGUCGUUUAGAUCGACAGAAAUGGGUCGAAGAGCGACGGAAUCAGAAAUUGCCAAUAUGGCAGCGUGUGGGGAAUCUACGGGUGCAGGCAAACGAAGAAGGGAUUUUGCAUGAAGCUGGCAACCAAAAUGUAAACAACAAGGAGCAUACCGAAAAUUCAAAUGAGAUAGGCAAAGCUGGUGUUGCUAAUAAUCAUAAACUGGAAGAGAAAGUCAGAAAAACUCUAAUAGAGUCUCAAGCUAAUGAAAAAGGUGACACGCUUCAUGACAAGUCCUCGCCAGGCCCUGAGUUCGUUCGACUGCGACACAGUAUAGACCAGAAAAGAGAUUCUACGGGCAAAAUACAGUUUAUUAAAUCUGAACAAGUCAGAACAAUGAAACAGACGUUUGUGUACAACGUGAAAGCGUUAGAGACAUCACAUGUAUCUACGGCACAAAUAAGAGAUCACGGCUCUAACAUAGCAGUUAAGAACUCGUCGAAGUCUCCAACAGCUAACGAUAACGAUAAUUAUGAAGAGCAGCAUUAUGAGAGAAAAAUAGUCCCGGAGAAAGAAACCAAACCAGCCCCCAGUCCUAAAAGAGUUGAUGGUUCUGUUGCCAUUCAAAAAAUACCGACAGGGGAAGGGGUGCGGAAAGAGAGGAAACGAAAAUUAGAGGUGGGAAUGACAGAUGAGGAGACAAGACUUAUGCCUAAACUUAUGUGCGUCGAUAAACCAACAACUCUGGAGAAUAUUUAUGAAAGAGAAAACAAUCCUAUCACCACCACAACGUCCUCCAGCAUUUCUCAUUCAAUGGUGCACCACAUUCAGGGAGACCUGGACACUAGCGUUAAAGGCGAGAAAAGUGUGCCUCAGAUAAAACAAUGCUACUCUUUGCUGGACCGAGGAGAAGACGAAAACGCCUUCUUCGUGAAAACGCCACAAAGCAAGUCCACCCCAGUCGCAGUUGCCUUGACGACACCAGUUGUGACUACCACCGCGCCUUUCACUGCCAAAGGACAAGCGUCAUUGCCAUCUGUUACUCCAGACCCCGGAUGUUUAGUUUACCUGUCAAAUUCAACGGUGCAAACGCACUUGCCUGGCGUCACGCGGCAUCCUCGGUCUGGUUACCUAGUCCCUGUGUAUAAGACGAACAAAAGAGAGCCAGCCUAUACAUUUUUACCAGCAACCUCUCAGCAUUCUCACAGGGCGAGAGACAACUUAAGCCCGGAGGGCCACUUGUCAAAUCGCAAAAGCGAUGAUUGUGUGUCAGUUGGAAGCACAAGCACGCCGAUGUCGUACCCCUUUCCACAUUCCAAGCCCUGUGCAAGGGAGACACAUGGUGCGUGCACCAGCGCUGGUAGCAAGGGAAAGGUAAUUCACCCUCCACAAUCACAACCCUCUUUGUACAGGGAAAGUGUGUCGUUGAAUGCAAGAGCUCUCUCAAGUUACGAGUCAAGCAGUAGCAGCGCAGCUGUCACGCUAACGAACACAUCGCAAAUGGAUCCACUUUACGUAAACGGUGCUCUUCCAGGCGGUGAAGGAAAGCCUCAUUUGCCCAACCGUACACACACCUACACGCAACAUCACAGAACAGGUCCUCACGUUGGCCCCUUACGAAUAAUAAAAGAUGAGAGAACUGACAGUCCAAUGGCCUCAGAUGAUAAAUGUUCCGCCGUCCCUUCUGAGAAAUUCCACUACCCGGCUAUUUGCCGUACACCGGACUCUGCGCCGAGUCAAACGCCAACCACACAAGAUGCCAUCUUUAAUCCAAUGUCCAUUUAUGUUAGGCCUAGGUUGGUACCCAGGGAGGUGGUUUCAGUAGGUCAUGGGUCAGAACCCAGCCCCCCACUAGUGGAGUAUAUAAAAACUGAUGCAAUCUGCGAGAAGGAGUUGACAAAAUGGGACGCAAAGAACGUGCGAGAUUUUAUCGCUGCAACAGACUGUAAGGAUAAAGCAGAACUUUUUCUGGAAGAGGAGAUCGAUGGCAAAGCUUUGCUCUCACUUUCACCGGAGAUGUUAAUGAAAGGAAUGAGCCUAAAAUUGGGCCCAGCUGUAAAACUUUACAAUCAUAUCGUCAAUCUCAGAACGGCAUUGUUGAUUUAGAUUAUUACACUUCUUUUGUCUU